AAAUGUCAAAACAAAACAAUGAUUUAUGGGGAGCUUCUAAGGAGGCAUCUAAAGAAUAUAAUUCUUGGGACACAACAUCCAAACCAGAUAAUAAUACAUGGGGAGCCCAGAAAGAAAAUAAGACGUGGGGUAGUAAAACGCUUAACUGUUUCAAGUGCAAUCAGCCUGGUCAUCGUGCGUCUGAAUGUACUGAAGAAGGAGGUAAUGGUGGUAAAUCGUUUAACUGCUACAAAUGUAACCAGCCUGGCCAUCGCGCGUCCGAAUGUACUGAAGAAGGAGGUAAUGGUGGUAAAUCGUUUAACUGCUACAAGUGCAAUCAGCCUGGCCAUCGCGCGUCCGAAUGUACUGAAGAAGGUAAUGGUGGUAAAUCAUUUAACUGCUACAAGUGUAACCAGCCUGGUCAUCGCGCGUCUGAAUGUACUGAAGAAGGUGACGGUAGUAAAAUGCUUAACUGUUUCCAAUGCGGUUCUUCGGAACAUCUUUCGGCCAGAUGCCCUUUAAAAGUUCGAAAAACUAUACCAUGGGAAAAUCCUAAGCCUGCCAGUAUGUCAUCUGAAGAAGCUUGGGAAAAACUCCUUAAGGCAGAUAAAGAAAAAGACAUCGAUGAUUUUAAAGAAGCGUUUGAAGAAUAUGCCAAAGCUACGCCGGAUGAAAAUUUUCAAUCAAUCGAAAAAAAAUUAAGAGCUGCUAAUUGCACAGGCAGAAUAAUAGCUCUGGAGCGGGAAGGUAUUCCAUUAACAAAAUGCCUCAUUGAUUUGCAAGGAAACACCGGAAAAAAAUAUGUCGCUACGAUCAUCAUGGGAUCUCCAGACAGACUUCCUCGUACUGCUGGAUCUCGCGCGCGAGAUGAAGGUGAAAAUGUUGAAUGGCUUGCUGAUGCUGGUUUCAUGAGGGACGAUCGUGAACCCGCUUGUUUCAAUUGUCGAGAGAAAGGGCAUAUUACAAAGGAUUGUCCUCAGCCGAAAAGAGAGUAUGAAAAGACGGGACCGAUGACGUGUCAACACUGUGGAUCAGCUGAACAUUGGACAAAGCUUUGCCCAGAAGACCGUCGACAUAACUCCUAUGCAGAAACUCGUAAAAACAUUCUUGGAGAUAGAGCAUG